UCCACUGCACCUGUAGGUAAAUCUACAACUACGAAAUACUUAAUUAGUAGAUUAAUAUCCUCAACUAUGGCAUCUCCUGAGUCCUGGAAGGGUUUUACAUUAUUUCUUCAGGUAAUGUUUAGGCCAGUUGCCUUCACUAGGUUUAUGGACGUAACCUCGACCCUGCACCUUGACUGUUUGUGUCAUUGUGUAAGUAAAUGCAAGAGCUAACACGCUCAUACUUGUCCCGUCCUCCUCCGUCUCGUCUUUCUAUUUACACACACCAUUCGCUAAUCGGGACCGUCCCGCGCACAGCUCCUGACAGCUGUUGGCGCAGCACGCAUCGAGCGGAGCCCCGCCUCCUUUUCCCCUCUCUUGCUCAGCGCGCCAAUGAACGAAUCGAACGCCCACAACGUGCUUAGGUGGGCGUGGGCGCGCUGUCUGAAACCCCUCCCCUUUUUAAAAAGCGGACCGCAAUGAUUUAGAAGUUCAGGAAUCCCACGUGACGUCACCGCGGGGUGAUGUAAUGCUUCUGUAAAUAGAUCAUAUUGUAAUCGCGUUUCACUUCAGCGUGCUUAGUCCGAGCGCGAGGAGCGUCGCUAGUCUCAGUCUGCGUGCAUUUGGUUUUUAGGUCUCAGUGAUGAAUGUUGAUCAGGAAAGGUCAUAUGUAUGCACUGCUCCUGGAUGCUCCCAGCGAUUCCAAAGAGAAGAUCACCUUAUUAUCCACAGACACAAACAUGAGAUGACCCUCAAAUUUCCUUCUAUUAAGUGUGACAAUAUACUUUCAGACCAGACUCCAACUCCGACCCGCUUCUUACGGGACUGUGAGGAAGUGGGUCUCUUCACUGACCUGGAGCUUAACCAGUCACAGGAGGUAGAGGGCAUCAAACCGAACUUUCCUGUGCAAGCAUCAUGUCAGAACCAACCGUGCACUGAGACACAACAUCCACAGGGUCUACAUCAUCCGUUUCAACAUCAGCAGUGCGCUCUGGCCCAUCUGAACCAGAAUCAGCUCCACACACACAGCUCACAGCCCCAGUCUCAAUGUACAGCCACUUACUCAACGUCUAACGAACAAUCAGCACCAAGCUGUCUACACAGUAGACAGACACAUUCUGUGGCUAACACAAUUCCUGGGACAUCAGCAAUGAAUCUGGAGGCGCAGUUGUCUAUGAACUCCAGUAUAAUUGGCAUACCAGGCCCGACGCACUCAGGCCCAUGCCCCUCCCUUCAGAGGUCAAAGGUCAUGCCAAGCCACAGCCAACCUGCAGUUUCCAACGGCAGUCAGAAUCCUCUUUGCCACAUGAUGGACGUGAUGUCAUCACGACAGCAGCCGAUGUCGCACUUACAAUCCGCACCUCACCAUCAUGCAUACCAACCGCACUGCCACAGCCAAUCACCACAAAGACUUACGCAUCAACAUCAACGCCAAGACCAAUCACAUCACAGCCACGCGCAUCACUCUCCACCUGUGCACUUGCAUCUUGGCUCCUCCCAACAGACUGCCCCUCCCCUUUCACAUCAGCCAAUCCUUGCACAGAUGUCUUUUGCACCAAAACAGACACACUCUCCACAAUCUUCCCCACCAGCCACCGGAGGAAGACGCAGACGGACAGCAGAAGACGACCCGGAUGAGCGCAGACAGAAGUUUUUGGAGAGAAACAGAGCUGCUGCUACGCGGUGCAGACAGAAGAGAAAGGUCUGGGUGUCGUCGUUGGAGAGGAAAGCAGAGGAGCUCACUCACACUAACUUACAGCUACAGAAUGAAGUGACGUCCCUCAGGACAGAAGUCACUCAGCUGAAGCAAAUUCUGCUUGCACAUGAAGACUGUCCUGUCUCCGUGAGACAACGAGAAACACAGAGUGGAAUAGGUAGCCCAACAGGAAGUCCUGUCCAGCAACAGGCCAUCCAACACAACAGCAUCUCAACAUCAAGCUCGACCCUACCACACACUCAUCUCACUAUACACUCACACCCAGCUAACAACACACAACUAUAACAAACAUUAAAAAACAUGCACACAUCUUGAAAGCCAUGUGGUUAGGGCAUUAUGAGCGAAAGCAUAAAUGAUCAUCAAAAUCUUCAAUCUGGAAACUGAGACUUUGAUUUACUGAAUUGAAGAAAAUCUACACAUAUCAUAUGUGACCCUGCCUGUGAAAGCCCAGCUAAAUUCAUUUUUUAAAAUGACAUACAAUUAUUCUACAUGAAGAAUAUUCUGUCAAAAUAUCAUCUUUAUGUCUUUAAUAUUGACUGAAUUAGACCAUGUCAAAUAUUAAAAUCAAUGUUUAGGAAACUUUUUCUGCAAAUAAUAAAACAUAGUAUCAAUAAAAUCAAUUAUUAUGUGUGUUUAAAAGCAUUAAUUUCAGUAAAAUAGAAGUUUCCUAAAAUCCUAUAUUAUAAUCUAUCAUUUACAGUGAUAAACACAUAUCAUCUACACUGUGAUUUAUUUG